AUGGCAUCAACCAAGGAUCCGGAUAAAGGAUCUAACAGGAUAAAAGCUCAAAUCAUGUCUAAUCCAACGGAACAUUCCUUCCCCAUGGACAUCGUGUCCGGGGGUGUCGCGGGAAGACUUCGUCAAUUGGAGAAUUUAUUCAUCAGUGGUCCGGUUCAAGGUGGAAAAAUAGGUCAUACAUUUUCAAUUGAAACGCUUAUUGAUGUUUUAUUGAUUCUCUAUGAUGAAUGCUGUAAUUCAUCGCUACGCCGUGAAAAAACAGUCUCAGACUUUAUUGAAUUCGUAAAACCGGUGGCUGCGUGUAUCAAAAGUUUACAACUAUGCCGGGAAGAUUUUGAAAUAAUAAAAGUAAUAGGCCGUGGAGCGUUUGGAGAAGUAUGUGUUGUAAAAAUGCGUGAAUCCGAUAAAGUAUUUGCUAUGAAGAUACUGAACAAAUGGGAGAUGUUGAAGCGCGCAGAGACGGCUUGCUUUAGAGAAGAACGAGACGUUUUGGUGUACGGCGAUCGUCGGUGGAUUACCAACCUUCACUAUGCCUUUCAAGACGACAACAAUCUGUACUUGGUGAUGGAUUAUUACUGCGGUGGUGAUUUACUCACUUUGCUUAGCAAAUUUGAGGACAGGUUGCCCGAAGAUAUGGCCCGGUUCUAUAUCGCUGAAAUGGUACUCGCUAUUGGAUCGAUACAUGAUCUGCGUUAUGUUCAUCGUGACAUUAAACCGGAUAAUGUUCUAUUGGAUGCUAAUGGGCAUAUUCGUUUAGCUGACUUUGGCUCUUGCCUCAGAUUGUUUGAGGACGGUACCGUUCAGAGCAACGUCGCUGUUGGCACACCCGAUUAUAUAUCACCGGAAAUUCUCAGGGCAAUGGAAGAUGGACAAGGCAGAUACGGGCCAGAGUGUGAUUGGUGGUCGUUGGGAGUUUGUAUGUACGAAAUGUUGUACGGCGAGACGCCGUUUUACGCAGAAUCUCUAGUCGAAACUUAUGGAAGAAUAAUGAACCAUAAGAAUUGUUUUGAUUUCCCAACGGAUGACACCUACGACGUGUCCGACGAAGCCAAGGAUCUGAUGCGAAAAUUGAUUUGCAGUUCGGAGUUUAGAUUGGGUCAAAACGGAAUUGAGGAUUUCAAAAAACACCCUUGGUUUAACGGAGUCAACUGGGACACUCUUAGGGACAGUACAGCGCCUUACAUUCCUGAAGUUUCCUCGCCGACAGACACGUCAAACUUCGACGUCGACGACAACGACGUUCGUAGCUCGGACGCGGUGCCUCCGUCGGCUAACUCGGCUUUCUCGGCCUUGCACUUGCCGUUCAUUGGGUUCAGUUUCACCCAGGGGAGCUGUAUAUCUGACCUGGGCUCGCUGACAGUGUUGCCCCCGCGAAAGGACAAGAGCAUCGAGGUCCUCGAGGAAGAAAAUAGCCGGCUUCUCCAGUCAAUGGCGGAUCUGAAGAACCAAUUGGCAGUUGGAACAACUACUACUCCGCCAACAGUCUCUCCGGACUCUAAUACCGCGACGAGGAAGCUUCAAGACGAAAUAAAUACUCUGACAAAGCGGAAUUGCGAGCUCGAAUCACAAUUAAAGUCACUGGAAACGAAUAGCAGUGCUGCGCAGCGUGAUUUAAGGAGCAAAGAUAACGGUGGAGAUGUAGGCAAAAUACAGGAGCUUGAAAAAUUGAUUAGAGUAUUGCGUGCCGAGAAGGAGGAGGCUACAAAAGAAAAAUUGGAUACUCAGGAGAAAUUAAAGCUUCAGGAUAAGGAAUUAAAGGACGCGUUGACACAACGAAAGCUCGCCAUGGCCGAGUACACUGAGGUUACCGAUAAAUUAUCUGAGUUGAGACAGCAGAAGCAAAAAUUAUCCCGGCAAGUGCGUGAUAAGGAGGAAGAGUUGGAGGUCGUUAUGCAAAAAGUUGAUAGCCUAAGACACGACAUCCGGAAAGCGGAAAAAUUACGGCGCGAGCUGGAAAAUCGCGUUGAGGAAGCCAUGGCGGAAACCAGCAAAGAGAGGAAAUUACGGGAAAGAAGUGAGGAGUAUUGUAAACAGAUGCAAGAGGAAACGGAAAAAAUACGUCAACGGUCUGUUGGUAAUGACGCUAGUGCUAAUCAUGCACUUGCUACGCAGGAAAUAAAUCGGCUUAAAUCCGAAGUCGAGCAGCUUGAAAUUCAAUACAACGAGAAUUUGAGUCAGCAGCAGAGUCGGUACAACACUGAGAUACGUAGCCUUCAAGAACAACUGCAUGAGGCCGAGAGCAGACGUGAGUUACUUGAACGAGAAGUUCAGGUAACAAAAGAUAAAUUGGAUGCCGCGAGACUUGAAAAUAUUACAGACAGCGAGGAGACGAUAAGUGAAUUAAGCAGACGUCAUGAAAGGGAGAAAAUAAUGCUCGCUGAGGAAAAUAAAAAAUUAAUACUCGAGCUGAAUUCUAUGACUGACAGCGUUAAUAGGAUUCAGGGAGAGAGAAGACAGCUUGAAGAGGAGUACGAGGAGCUCAGAAAUAAAAAGGAAGCCAUCGCCCAGUGGGAGGCACAGAUUACUGAAAUUAUUCAGUGGGUCUCCGAUGAAAAAGACGCCAGAGGAUAUUUGCAGGCUCUUGCUACCAAAAUGACCGAGGAACUCGAAUUCCUUAAACACUCUGGCGGCGUUGGUGGCGUCGGAAGCACUUCAACUAUGUCUGAUAAAAAUUGGAGGAACCGCAGAUCUCAAAAACUUGAUAAAAUGGAGUUAUUGAAUUUACAGAGCUCCCUUCAGAGCGAGAUUCAAGCCAAACAAGCUAUUUCUGAAGAGCUUACUAAAACGCGCUCGGAUCUCAUUGCUGCGCAAAAGGAAUUACGAGACUUUAGACAACGAAUGGAUUCAAUGUCACACGAAGUAAAGCGCAAAGAAAUGCAAAUCAAGGAGCUUCAAUCACGUGUUGAGACGAAUGAUGGUUCUGUUCUCCUCUCAACCACUGUACCGUCAAGCAAAUUGUCUCCGUCUCCGUCCACCAAGUCUGCGUCUACGUCUACGUCUAGCUCUCCAACGACAAUUACAACAACCAGUACAACAACAUCUUCAUCUUCUACUUCAACUUCAGCAAACAAGCACAUCAUCAGAACAAAACCCCAACGAAUCAUCGUACACCAGCCGUCAUCACCCUUACCAGUAAUACGUUCUCCCCGCAUCACAACAUGUCGCUUAUUAACUAGAUUUGCUACGGUCAACUCAAUCAUCAAUCGCAAUGCUGUCGCCAUCGUAUCGUCGCCUGUCUUGGAACGUCCUACAUCCCAAAUGUCGUACCUGGAACACUUUCUCAAGGAAACAGCUGGCAGUACACGUCACGGAAGUGUGGAUAGUGUUGAGGGUGAUAUUGAAGAUAACAGGGCUCCUAGUCUUACGAGUAGUAAAAGUAAUCUCUCUGAACUGAGUAUAGAUCCAACAUCACCGUUGUCUCACGAACUACUAAAUAAAUCGUCAGCUCAUAGCCAAGCAGCCUUACAACCAAAACCAAAAUCACAUCAAUUUUUAGUACGAACAUUUUCAGCCCCUACUAAAUGUAAUCACUGUACAUCGCUUAUGGUGGGCUUAACCAGACAGGGAGUAGUUUGUGAAGUAUGUGGUUUUGCUUGUCACAUGCCUUGUUGUGAUAAAGUACCAGCAAUGUGUCCUGUUCCACAUGAUAAAAUCCCUAAAAUGGGUGGUGUCAAGAAGGGGUGGAUCCGUCAAUUUGUGGUGGUGUGUGACUUUAAAUUGUUCCUGUAUGAUAUAUCGCCCGACAGGAAUGCUUUGCCGUCUGUCUACGUGUCUCAAGUACUGGAUAUGCGAGACUCCGAGUUUGGCGUCAGUUCUGUUCGUGAAUCAGAUGUCAUUCACGCGACUAAAAAAGACAUUCCAUGCAUAUUUAGGAUUACUACGUCUUUAUUGGAACCACCUGGACUAAGGAACCACACGCUGAUGCUCGCUGAUACCGAGAGCGAAAAAACAAAGUGGGUCGUUGCGUUGGGUGAGCUUCAUCGAAUUUUAAAGAAAAAUAAUCUUCCAAAUACAACGGUCUUCCGUGCGAAAGAAUUGUUGGACAACACAUUGGCGGUUGUUAAAAACGUGAUGUCAGGAGCGAUAAUAGAUCCUGAUCGUCUAGUCAUUGGUACCGAGGAGGGCCUAUUCUGUUUAGACUUAGAUCGUAGCGAGGUCGCUAAAGUUGGCGAGGGAAAGAAAAUAUAUUUACUCGAGUACAUUACCGAGGAACAAUUAAUCGUGGUGCUUAGUGGGAAGCAACGUCACGUAAGAUUAGUCCCAGUACGUGCGUUAGACGGUGAUGAAGUUGAAUGGAUUAAAGUCGCCGAAACCAAGGGAUGUAUUACCUUAACUACCGGUCUGGUGAGACGUAAUCCCCUUACUUAUUGUUUAUGCGUCGCUAUUAAGAAACAGAACGCUUCACAUGUUAUGAUUUACGAAGUAACACGUACGAAAACUCGACAUAAACGAAUUCACGAAUUAAUGCUGCCUUGUCAUGCACAAACUUUACAAGUACUGUCAGAAGGCCGUCUUUGCGUUGGUUAUCCUUCAGGAUUUUCUAUUUAUAGUAUUUUAGGAGACCAUCAUCCUAUUUCAUUGGUCCAUCCAGAGAAUACUUUGCUCGGAUUUUUAACUUACAGUGCAGUCGAUGCAAUGCGUUGUAUAGAAUUACCACGCGGUGAAUUUUUAUUGGUCUUUCAAACUCUAGCUGUUUAUGUUGACAGUCAAGGAAGAAAGAGCAGAGAUCGUGAGAUAAUGUAUCCCGCUGUUCCAACGGCAGUCAGUUAUUGCGAAGGAUAUUUAUUAAUCUACAGCGAAACUCACGUGGAUGUAUUUGACUGCACAACAGGCGAUUGGUUACAAACGCUCAAUGUAAAACGAGCACGUCCAUUAAAUAUUUCAGGUUCUCUUACAACUUCUUUGAUCAACGAUAUGCCCUAUGUCAUUCACCUGAGUAAUUUACACCAAAGAGAAUUACUAAAUUUAAUACCUGUAGACGGAAGUGGAAGACAAAUAACCAGGCCACGAAGACGAUUUUCACUGCGAGAAGGAAACCGUGGCGUGCGACCGACCGAUCGACGCUCGAAAAUGAUAUCAGCUCCGACGAAUUUCAACCACAUUAGUCACAUGGGUCCUGGCAACGGGAUACAAAUUCAACGAUUGCUAGAUCUCCCGACAACCCUCGAAACCGCUGACCAGCAGCAGUACUCCAGCCACCACAGCGCCUCUCAUUUGCACCAGAACCCGCAGCAACGAUUUUACGGGCCCGUUCAACCACCCAGCAAACCAGCCCCGCUACCACCUAGACAUCCACCCUCUGAUACUCGUCGACUCAGCUCUCAUAUGUCAAGAAAUUCCGGAUAUUCUCCGCAUAAUGGAUCAACAUCUUCAAGACGAGGACCAGCGCCUCCAAGACCAACAGCGACUCCACCGUCAUUACCCCGAACGCCUGUCGACCAAACAGAGUCCGAAUCGCUUCAUAUGCGUUCGCAUACUCCAUUGUCUCUUGGAAGUAUCGCGUCUUUACAAGACAAAGAUCAUGCUACGGGUGGAAGUCCUCGUCACUCGAUUGCGUCGAACAACAGUUCAAAUCCUUCAACGCCGCCUAGUCCUGCUCACGACCAUGGAUCGUCAUCUUACGACUCUUAA